AUGAUGGACUCGUCGCUGGAUUCUCCUUCAUAUCCGGGCAAUCGGAUCGUCGCCUAUCUGGAGACCUUGGUCAAAUCUAAGUCAUAUCUGCCUUACGGACUUCCCGUCUGCGUCUCGCCUUCGCAUACCGUCACCAACACCGACACUCUCCUGCACCUAGCCACUUUAGUUGGCCCGCAUAUUGCUAUUCUACAAGUCUAUGCAGACAUCAUUGAUGACUGGUCGGAGGAGACGGUUCGCCAAUUGGUUGCCCUAGCGAGGAGACAUGGCUUCCUGAUCUGGGAGGGCGGUCGGAUCUUAAAUUCCACAGUGGACAUUGUUGGUGGACAGAAAGCAGAAACGAGAGAGGUGCGGAAUGAGACUGUUGAUAUGAUUCGCAAGAAGUAUACGAAGGGUAUCAUCAAGCCGGCCUCGUGGGCUGGCCUUUCGACAGCGUGGGCCUCCGGCGUGGCUGUGUAUAACCAGGAAGCCGACAUUCUGAUUCCCACUUUGAAGGCGGCCGCCCGCGAGGCAGUAGCAGAUGCAGCUCAGACCAUUCGUACCGAAAUCACAGCAGACAAUAACGCCAACCAUCACUCUUUCAGCGACCAUGACGCAAAUGCGACAUCGCAGCACCUCUCCGAGUACGCCGUUGACAACACUAGCGGCCUCGACCUUCCUCCUCGCAAAGCUUCCACCAUCUCCUUGACUCAAACCAUCACUCAACACACCGAAGACUCCACCGAGCUACCUUUGGAAUCUCCGCAAUACGAGCGACGUGGUUUUGAAUUCCGGUCCUUGAGCCCCGCGACCAUCCCUGAGGACUUCCCGCCCCCACCACUCAUGGCUCGUGGGUUAGUCUUGUGUCUACCAUCCUCCACGGCCAGUUCCUUCACCAAUGAUUACCGCCAAAGUUGCGUGGCUGCUGCCCGCGCCAAUCAAGAUUUCGUGGCUGGAUUCGUGUGUGGAGAGCCGUGGCACCUGGUCUCUCAAAGAAAGGACUUGUUUGGUGCGGGCGUCUCCGGCUACGGUGAAGAGCAGCAGCAACUGAGUCCAUACUCGUCAGAUGAUGACGAAGCGGUCCCUCAUUUUGCUUUGGUGUCGCCUAUCUCCCGUCGCCUCAGUGUAGUGAGUGGUCAGGGGCUGGAUGAGGUUGACGAAGACGAAGAAGAAGAGCACCAGCAGAAUGGCAUUCCCAUGCCUGAACCACCACUCCCUUUGGACUCCCUCAACCCGCUAGCCUCCAAAUUGUUUCAGAUCACUGGUAAAGCACUGCAGCUUCGCGAAACAACCGCCCAGGAACGUGGCAACCUGCAGCUGAAGGCAGAUACAGAUAAGAGCUACCAAAUAUUGCACAUUCCUUUGGUUGUUCUGCCUUGA